AUGUCCGAAUCAAUGUCACUUGAAUACGCUCCCGAUCGAGCCGAAGAGCUGAAAGAGAAUAUCGAAUCUGUACAAGCUGAAAUUGAUCAAGCUGCAUCAGGUAGCGGAUCAAAACCUCAACUAGUCGCUAUAUCCAAAAUCAAACCUGCGUCAGAUAUCAAAGCUUUGUACGAUGCCGGAUAUAGACAUUUCGGAGAGAACUAUAUUCAGGAAAUGGUAGACAAAGCUGCUGUACUUCCAGACGAUAUCAAAUGGCAUUUCGUAGGCUCACUUCAAAGUAAUAAAUCAAAACUUGCAGCUUCUGUACCAAAUUUACAUGUAUUGGAAACGUUAUCUUCAAUAAAAGUAGCUGAUCUACUUCAAAAAUCCAUACCUGAAGAUCGUUCAAACAAAUUAAACGUCUACAUUCAAAUAAACACUUCUAACGAAGAGUCGAAAUCCGGUUUACCUUCAUUAUCCUCUUCCUCUCCAGCAGCAGAAACCGAAAAUAACGAGAAAAAAAAUGAAUUGGUCGAUUUAGCUAUACAUAUAAUUGAAAAAUGUGAUAAAUUGAACCUAUUAGGUUUGAUGACUAUCGGUUCAAUUGAUUCAAGUCACGAUUCCGCUUCUUCAACGAAUCCAGAUUUCGAGAAUCUUAAAUCGACAAGAAAACAAUUGUCAAAGAUUCUAAUCGAGAAAGGUAUAAAAAAUGCACCUAAUGAAGAGGAAUUGGAGUUGUCAAUGGGGAUGAGUGCAGAUUUCGUUCAGGCUGUUAAAGAGGGUAGUAACAGCGUCAGAGUGGGUACGAGGAUCUUCGGUGAAAGGGCAAAGAAAGUACCAAAGGCAGCGCCUAAUUAG